UCCAAUACCCACUGUCAUUCGUCAGUGAAAUUGCUUGGUGUGUGGAAAAUGUCCGAUACGGAAAGGCAAAACUUGGAUUAUUUGCCCGUGCAGUUUGGAGCCUUUAUGGUCUUGGGUUUGGAUAUUGGUGUGACCCGUCGGAGUGCGCUACUCAAAUCGGGCUGGACGUUCCUCUUCAACAUCCUCUGUACGGUUUUUAUGGAAUAUGGAUUUGCGAAUUUCGUCAUUAACAGCAUCACCGACAUUGAUGCCAUAACCUCUUCUCUGUCCAUGUUUAAUCAGGGCAUGUUGCUGACAUUCAAGGUUCUGGUGAUGGUUUUUAAGGGUGAUGAAAUGUUGAAGUUAAUAUGGGAUAUGAAUCGUUUGGCACGGGGAGCCAAUGCCAAGGAAUGGGAAAUCUGGAUUUCGGAAAAUCGCAUGGGAAAGUGGAUUGCCUUGGGUUACUAUUAUUGCUGCUACAUUGCUGCGACCAUAAUGGCUGUUAUGCCCUGGCUUUUUAUGCUCUAUGAAUAUGUCCAGGGAAGGGGAGUUCAUCUUCGAUUGCCAUUUCAAUUGCAAUUCUUCUUUGUCAGUGGUAAUGGUUUUCACAUUUCGAUUUUCUAUUAUAUCGGCACCCUGUUGGUGGUUCGGGCCUGGUUCAAUAUGUCGGUGGGCAUUGAUACCCUCUUCGGUUGGUAUAUUUUUGCCGUGUCUGGACAUUUUCGCAUUCUACGCCAUAAAAUCAAGGAGACCGCCCUGAAGAUUGAUGCCUACGACAAUCAUCGAGAUUUUGUCAGCGAUGUUGCCGCCUUCGUAAGCUAUCACAAUCGAACAUUGAAAUUUACCGAAAAUCUAAAUCGUUUGUAUGGUGAGAUAUUAUGGAGUGAAAUAUCGAUGAGUUGCCUGCAGUUGUGUUUCCUACUCUACUCGCUGACCAAUGAUGAGAAUUUCGCCAAUAUUCCAUUUCAUUUUUUUGCCUCGGCCGCCAUAACCAUGCAGUUGAUGAUUUACUGUUUCGGUGGGGAGAAGUUGAAAAAUGAGAAUGACAUGCUGUGCCAUGACAUCUAUAUGGCCAUGCCGUGGGAGAAAAUGUAUCCCUCGGAGAAAAAGCUGAUGCUGUUGCCUUUGCUAAGGACCCAAAGGGAAAUUUCCUUGAAGGGCUUAUAUUUUGUAAUCAAUGUGAAUUUGUUGGUGUUUAUUUUCAAGACAGCCUUUUCUUUCAUUACCCUGCUCGGAGCCAUGAAGGAAAUAUAGAUCGCAAAUAAAUCGAAGAGAUUUUUCUUAAAUGCACCAUUUUUUAAGCACCUUUUAAAGUAGAAGUUAUUUGAAAAAUAUAUUUGACACCGUAGACCACUAAAAAGUUGUCCUUAAAAUU